AUGAACCUCCAGAAGUUGCUGAUUGUUGGAUUUCUGCUAUGCUCUCUAACUUGCUUCUUGGAACCUCUGGUUUCCUCUUCGUCAUCUUUAACUGCUUAUAGACUACAAGAGGAGGAAGGAUCAAAACCCCUCUCAAGGGAAAACUACAGGUCCUGGAUGAGCAACUUCAAGAGUUACGUGCGGGAUCUCAUCAAAAGCUCCCUACCUCCGGCAGCCAUUUUUGCCUUUCUUGUGAGCACCAUGCUAAUGGGAACUCUUUGCUGCCUCACGUAAGCUGCUGUGGGAUGAGGGGAGGGAGGAGAGAGGGAACCCCAGGAAGAGACAGGAACAUUCAGAUUCCACACCAGCCUGUGCAUCGGUAACUUGGGGGAAAUGAUAAGGAAUGUGAUUCUGAAACCAAGGUGUGGUGU